UUUAAAAAUAUCCAGUAUACCUUCAAGAUGUUGCCAACUGUAUUGGUUUUCACCACCUUAUUAGCUUCGGUGUUCACUGAAAUUAGUUUUCUAAACGUUGAAGUGAAGGGUUACACCUUGGGCGUUGAGAAAUUUAAGAGACGCUUGAAGAACGCUAAAAGUAUCUCGGAGUAUUUGCCCGAACUUGAAGUCGAUAAAAUAUCAAUCGUGGGACAAAAUGUCGGUGUCCUGUACGAACAAUCUCUUUCAAACCUGGACGCCUUGGACGAGCUUGUGAUAGAAGAAAGUAAUGUUCGGGAAAUAAAAGCAGGUGCGAUAAGAAAUGUGCCCAAUUUGAGAGUUGUAUCAUUCAAGAAAAAUAAACUAGAUGAAAUUAAAAGUGGAGUUUUCAACAACCUAACAAUUUCUACGCUUGAUUUGAGUGAAAAUCAAAUAUCUAAAAUUGACGGAGAUGCUUUUGAUAACAUGGAAGAGCUACUAGUGAUUAAUUUGGGAUAUAACAUGAUUCGCAAAAUUAAUAAUGAUUGGUUUAAGAACACACCAAAUUUAAUGUACAUCAAAUUAUAUCGCAAUCACAUUGAAGAAAUACCCACGAGUGCUUUUAAAAAUUUGGGAGGUAAUAAACAGGCUGAUUAUUUAAAUACCUCCUUAAGUAUUACAUUGGAUCAUAACAAUAUUAAAAAAAUCCAUCCUGGAGCUUUUAAGGAAUUAUCUCGUUUAGACUCAUUAUGGUUACACGAUAAUAUUCUGAACCACAUAGACGAGAAUACAUUUCAUCCAUUACAGAUUAAAAAACUUACUCUGGAAAACAACGGCAUUCAGUGUUUAGAAGGAGAUCUUGAUAAAAUUUUGCCAGCUGAAGAAGUGAAGAUUGAUCCAAAUCCUUUAAUAUGCAAGUGUAUGAGACGCAUAAAGGCUUGGGCUGAAGAACGAAAAAUGAAAAUGGACUUCUUCUGGAUUGAAAGUGACUGUAUCCUAAAAGAUAUCGAUUCUAGAGUAAGAAGAUUGGAAUCCUUAAAAUUUUAGAUCUAAGAUAUAUUUUUUUAAUGAAGUGUAUAAAUAUGUAAUAAUAAAAAUUUAUCGCCUUA